CAUAUGAUUUGGCACAGUUAAGUAGUUUUAUUGUAUUUCCUGGAGAUUAGCAUAAAAAAUUAGGAAUUUUAAAAAGUAGUUUUUGCUUUCACAGAAGUUGCAUGCAUUAUCUGUUUUGUUAUGGAAAGGAGAAAGGGCAAUAAAUCAUUGCUUUAAAAUUAUUUUAAUAUGCGUCUAAGAGCAAUAUGGAACUGGUACAUCUCACUCUGAGAUGGUAUUUAAAGACACAUUGAUGCAAUAUUUAUAGAAAUAGAGCACAAGGCAAUAUUUAUAGAGCCCAUCAUAUGUCCACCACCAUACAUUCAAAUACGACCUUUGACUGAAGACAAAACAAGCAGUUUGCUUUUUUAUUUUGUGCAAUAGUGAUUGUUACCAAAAAAUUUUAUGUUUCUGAGUUUGUUGAAUGCAACACAGUAUUGUUCCUUGACAUAAGUGGCUUGUCUAAAUCAGUAAGGCAGGUGACUUGUCAUUGGCACCCAUACCACUGCACUGGCGAAUUUCACUGGGUCAACCAAAAUAUCACAUAACAGCAUCCUGAAAUAGCCCUGCCUGCACAAACAACAUGCAUUAGUGCUUAUUUCACGGAGGAGAAACCACUCUACUUUCAUAAACAAUAUAGUUAGCUACAGCAUGGCUUAUGUAGCACCUAAGAUUAAAUGGCGCAAACAAAAAGCAUACCGCAGCGACGUGAUCGCCACAGCAAAGGCCACAGGUUGUGUCCUGCAGUUCUGGAACAGCCUGCUCGUGGGUGAUGACCUGACAAUUCUCAGCAUCGUGGACGAUGACGAGUAUGAGUACCUUAUUGAUGCCAUUUAUGACACCAGCAACCUGGAAGAAUGGAAGAACUUUAGGUUUAACUACAGAUGCCUGAGACUAUGGUCGCUGACUUAUGAGCAGGAGCUGACCACACCACUUCAUAUCACAGCCAGCCGAGGCUUCGCGGACUGCCUGAGACUCCUGUUGCAGCGCGGGGCCGAUGUAGACCUGGCACCUGGUGGUACCACUGCCCUGCAUGAGUCCUGCGAAAGCUGCCAGCCAGAAUGUACGAAAUUGCUGCUGGUCCAUGGCGCCAACGCCAAUGCUGUCUCUGAAGAUGGCGUCAUGCCUUUGCACGUUUGUACAAGCCCUGAAUCUUUUGAAUGUGCCAAGUAUCUCCUUCAGUACGGUGCAGCAAUCAAUGGCCGCAGUAUAGAGGAAGAGGAUACUCCUUUACAUGUGGCAGCAAAGAAUGGCCUCCCGGACCACACUGAGCUCUACCUGCGCUACGGAGCUGCUGUGGACAAAAAGAACUACGAGGGUCUCACACCCCUGAACGCUGCUUGUUCACAACGCCAGGAGGCGGAGGAACUACAGCGUUACUUCAAGGUGUGCCAGAUUCUGACGGGAGCAGGGGCCGACAUCCACAUUACGGACCAGGACAGACACAGUCCUUUGCACAUGGCCUGUAAGAAUGCAAAUCCAGACGUUGUGGAUCUGCUGCUGGCUAAUGGUGCCUGUGUUAACGACAUGGACUAUGGUGGAGAAGCUCCCAUGCACAACAUCUUGAAGGUGGUGUGCUUCAAGAUUCCCCAUCAGCCUGAGAGGAUUGUCCGUGCUCUGCUCAACCAUGGUUCCAUUCGGGUGUGGCCUGGAGCUCUGCCCGUGGUUUUGAAGCACUGCUCCGAAUCUCCGCGCACCAUCGAGGUUCUUUUGAAUGCCUACAGCCACCUCAAAGUCACAGACACCUGGGUUGAGUCUGUGCCACCGGAGUUGUUAAAGGAGCACAAAGCUUUCUUUGAGUCGGUCUUCUCUUUGGCACUGACUCCUCGCUCCCUGCAGCACUUGGCACGCUGCAAAGUCAGAGAUUUCCUGAAGGAAAGGGUACACAAGGUCGUCCCUAAACUACAACUGCCCACCUUCAUCAGGAACUACCUGCUCCUGGAGUACAGAGGCUUCAUCCACUGAAAGCACUUUGAGUAGUCUGUAGUUAGUGUGAGUCCUGAUGAAGAUUGAGCGCUGCUCUGCGUGAGAAAGAAGCGGCUGUUCGCAAUAUGAUCCGCUCAUAAUUCAGGUGUCAUACACAACACAGCAGCACACUUCAUGUUUAGGAGAAAGAAGCAACUGCUUGUUCUGUCACAUCUAUUCCAGAUCAGUCUUUGAGCACAGUCACGUUUGAUUUUGCACCACAAGAGGGCGCUAUAGACUAGAGUUGAGUAUAAUAGCAGGUGUGCAACUGUAUGUUUUAUAUUUUAUUUAUUUUAUUUGUCACAUCUUUUUUUUUUUUUUUUUUUACUUAUGCACUUGAUAGUAAAUAUGCUGAGAUGCUUGUAUUUUUUUUAUACGUAAUUAUCAUUGUAGUUUGAUAUUAAUGUGCAUAGUGAUGUGUUGUAUAUUGAGGAUUGCCACAAAAUAUUUGCAUACAUAAUUAUUCCCACCGGUAUGAUUGUAAUUAGGCGUUUUAUAUCAAAAAUAUGCUUGAUAUAAAAUAAACUAAUUCACCAUG